CUUAAAUCACCGAUUUGAAUCCUCUCGAGAUGAACCUCCACGAGCCGCGAGACUACACCGGCAAUCCCACCGAGCAAUUCUCCCCAAUCGUCAAAAUCUUCAGAUUCUUUGCAGCCGCGAUCAACUAUACGAAGAGCUCUGAGCGUUGUAGAGAUCCUUCAAGCUUAUCAUCCGCAACGCCGCGCCGCUUUCCCCGGCCGGAUCUGCUCGGCGGUGGUUCCGUUUGUGAUGGCGCGCAGGCGCUUCAUCGACAAUUCCUCGAGAAAUUUGCAGCGCUCGAGCAAUGCGUUCACGCCUCUAACCCCAAAGCUGCAUCCGCACGAGAACUCCCGUAGAUUCCGGUAGUUCUCCGCCAGAGCGGCCACCCCGCCGUAGGUGAGCUCGAGGAAGGUCAGGAGCUUCACUCUGGUGAGGCUCCGGCAGCUGAGCGAGAUCGAAAUCAAAGCCUCGUCGCCGAAGCUGAUGGAUCGGCGGUCGCAUUUCAAGGUCAAUUUAGUGACGGCGUCAAGAAAACAGCCGCGGAACGGCGGCAGACCAGGGAGGAGCGGUUCCGAUCGGCGGCUGCGGAGACUGAGUGGAAAAUUAAGGCCAAAGACUCAUCCGGUAGAUCCGAUGUGUAAUCAUACAACGAAACCGUCGUUCGAGUUGUGAAGCUAAAUCCGUUCCCAUCCAAAAGCGGCGAGGAUUGACCCUUUCACCUCUUUUUCCUUUGAGCUUCUGCACAAAUUUGGAUUUCGCUUCGGUUUCCAAUUGUGUGUUCGACGACAUGCUUACGACGUGGCCCCAUUUCUUCAAUUUUCCAUUAUCUUCUCAACCUCCGACUUCAAAAGCUUCUUAUACCUUAAGCAUUUGGGAUAUGAGGUUAACUAUGUCCGCAAUUUCACUGAUGUUGAUGACAAGAUUAUUGCCCGAGCGAAUGAGUGAGGUGAAGAUCCGAUUAGUUUGAGCAGAUGAUUUUGUGAGGAAUUUCAUCAGGACACGGCGUAUCUGAAUUGCCUUCCUCCUUCCGUGGAGCCUCGUGUCUCUGAUCACAUACCGCAAAUUAUUGCUAUGAUCAGACAGUUACUCGGAGUUACUGCUUGAAACUGCAUCAGACCGUGUUUAAAGCCCUAAUCGCGGUGAUAGCUUGGACUGCGGUAUUGCAGAGGAAAAGCGUGCAAAUGAAGACAUUCUGAUACUUGAUCAUCAUGAGGAGGCCCAGGAGGAAAUGCCCAAGAAAGUGAAAUUCUUCUUCAGCACGGCCGUCUAGAUGUGGGAUGCAGAGUUUUACAUAAAAGUUGACAACAAUAUUGAUUUGAAUUUCGAUGGCCAUACUGAGCUUCUCCGAAGCCAUCGUGAUAAAGAAAGUGCUUAUAUCGGCUGCUUGAAGUCUGGAGAUGUAGUAGUCGAAGAGGGAAAAACAUGGUACGAACCAGAAUGGUGGAAGUUUGGUGAUCAGAAAUCAGACUUCCGCCACGCAGCUGGUUCUAUCAUUGCACUCUCAAAAAAUUUGGUGCAGUACGUGCAUAUAAACAGUGCAUCGUUGAAGGCAUAUGCUCAUGACGAUGUUUAUGUGGGGUCGUGGAUGAUGGGUGUUAACACGACAUACAUAGAUGAAAGCCGUGUGUGCUGUAGUUACUCAGGGCAAGACAAGUUUUGCACCUUGGCUUGAGAAGGAUUUAGCUAGAGAUGAGAGAUCAUUCACCAUUCAUUUUUUUUACUGGUAAAUUGGCAUUACUUAUAGAAGGACUAGAGAAAGAUCAGAUUUAGAGGAAUACUUACUUUUUUUUCCUCUGUUGGUCCUGACUCCUGAUGGAUUUUUCUAGUUAAUGUUUUUGUAUUUACAAAGGCCAUUGUGAAUUGGGAUAGAGGAGCUGCUUGCUGGUUGUAGCCACUUAAAUAUGCAUGACUUGGAUUCAUGCUUUCCACAAUCUUAACUGUGAAUAUUAAGAAUGUGGUUAGAUGUUUCCAUUUUGAAGGAAGUCAGACA